AUGAUGUUAUCAAAAUCAGCUCAGUUUAACGCUUCAAAUACUAGAUGGUUCAAUAGAGAAGAGGCGAAGACCAUCUAUGCGGGACUUGGUAAUGAAAUUGACAGCAUUACAGACAAAUUAUAG